AUGGGCAGCUCGUUCGGGCUCGUGGACUUCAGGGGGAGGCCGGUUGACACCAGCAGGCAUGGAGGAGUCAGAGCUUCCAUGUUCAUUUACAUCAUGGUGUGGCUCGGCAACGUGGCCAACAUCGCCAACAGCAUGAACAUGGUGAGCUACCUCCGCGGGACGAUGAACAUGGGCGUAGCCGCGGCCGCGACCACCAGCACCAACUUCGUCGCCGCGCUGCAGAUGUUCACCGUCCCGGCGGCUUUCCUCGCCGACUCCUACGUCAAGCGCUUCUACACCGUCCUCAUAUUCGCCCCCUUUGAGAUUUUGGGUUACAUCCUGCUAGCCAUCCAAGCACACGUCCCCUCGCUUCACCCGCCGGCGUGCGGCGUCAACGAGCCGCAUAACUGUGAGCCGGUGCACGGCACCAACCUAAGUCUGCUUCUCCUUGGCAUGUACAUGAUCUGCAUCGGUGAGGGAGCCAUCCGGGCAUGCCUACCAGCGCUCGGUGGCGACCAGUUCGACAAUGCUGACCCCGUUGAACGGCGGCUGGAGUCGAGCUUCUUCAACUGGUACACCUUCUCUGUGUCAAUGGGAUCCUUCUUCGGGCUCAUCUUCGUCGUGUGGCUGGAGAACAACAAAGGGUGGGGUGUUGGCUUUGCUGUGUGCGCUGCGAUCGUGCUGCUUGGGUUGCUAAUUUGGGCGGCUGGGUUCCCCUUCUAUCGCAACCAGGUGCCAACUGGGAGCCCCAUCACUAGGAUUAUGCAGGUUAUGGUAGUAGCAUGCAAGAAAAGGAAUUUUAAGCUACCUGGGAACCCUGACGACUUAAACCAGAUGAGUGACGAUAACGCUAAAGGCCUCGAGGUGCUACACAGAACAGAAGGCUUACAGUUCCUGGACAAAGCAGCAAUAAAAAUAGAGAACGGGGCGAGAGGGCCAUGGUCGCUCUGCAACGUGACCCAGGUGGAGGAGACAAAGAUUAUGUGCCGCAUGAUCCCGAUCUUCGUAACCUCGGCGCUCGGCUACAUGCCCGUGUCCAUCAUCCUCAACUUCACCGUCCAGCAGGGCAACACCAUGGACACCAGGCUGGGCGCGACCACCGUGUCCCCCGCGACGCUCUUCGUCAUCCCGACCGUCUUCCAGCUGGUGAUCCUGGUGGUGUACGACCGGCUGCUCGUCCCGCUCCUGCGCAGGGCCACCGGCUACGUCGGCGGCGUCACGCACCUCCAGCGCAUCGGCGUGGGGUUCGUGGCCGCGGUGCUGGCCAGCGCCGUCGCGGCGCUCGUGGAGACGAGGAGGAAGGCGGUGGCGCGCGGGAGCGGCCUCGUGGACUCGCCCGCCGGGGUCCCACUCCCGAUGUCCGUGUUCUGGCUGACGCCGCAGUUCUUCCUGCUCGGGGUGGUGGACGUCACCUCCUUCGUCGGCCUCCUCGAGUUCUUCUACAGCGAGGCCUCCGCCGGGAUGAAGUCCAUCGGGAGCUCCGUGUUCUACUGCAUGCUGGGGCUGGCCGCCUGGUUCUCCACCUUGCUGAUCCAGCUGGUGAACCGGGCCACGAGGCGGGGUGGUGGGGAGGCAGGGUGGCUGGACGGAGCCAACCUCAACAGGAGCAGGCUUGAUUCCUUCUACUGGUUGGUCUGUGUUCUUGAGCUGGUCUCCUUCGUGGUCUACCUGUUCUGGGCGUGGAGGUACGUCUACCGGAAUGACCAAAGGGUUGCCGCUGAAGACGACAAGAAGACUAUUCCAUCAGCUGCUUAUGUGGAUGGGAUCUGA